CCGGAAGAGCCGGGGGCAGGACCGCGGCGGAGGCUGGAGCGAGGCGUAGGGAUGCAGCGCCCCGGGCCCUUCAGCACCCUCUACGGGCGGGUCUUGGCCCCGCUACCCGGGCGGGCCGGGGGCGCGGCCUCCGGCGGAGGCGGGAACAGCUGGGGCUCCCUGGGUUCCCAUGUGCAGCCGCCGGGGCGUGCACAGUCCGGCACUCGCGGCGGCGCUGGCACCACAAGCACCAGCGGCGGGGACGCCGGUAGCGUCUACCCGGCCCCCUCCACGAUGAUGAAGGCCGAGGAGGCCAAGAAGUUGGCUGGCCGCACGGCUGUGGAGAACCACGUGAGGAAUAACCAAGUGCUAGGAAUUGGAAGUGGUUCUACAAUUGUCCAUGCUGUGCAGCGAAUAGCUGAAAGAGUGAAACAAGAGAAUCUGAACCUUGUCUGUAUUCCUACUUCCUUCCAGGCCCGUCAGCUCAUCCUGCAAUAUGGCUUAACCCUCAGUGACCUGGAUCGACACCCAGAGAUUGACCUUGCCAUCGAUGGUGCUGAUGAAGUAGAUGCUGAUCUCAAUCUCAUCAAGGGUGGUGGAGGCUGUCUGACCCAGGAGAAGAUCGUGGCGGGCUAUGCUAGUCACUUCAUUGUGAUCGCUGAUUUCAGGAAAGAUUCAAAGAACCUUGGGGAUCAGUGGCACAAGGGUAUUCCCAUUGAGGUCAUUCCAAUGGCCUAUGUCCCAGUGAGCCGAGCUGUGACCCAGAAGUUUGGGGGCGUGGUUGAACUUCGAAUGGCCAUCAACAAAGCAGGUCCUGUGGUGACGGAUAAUGGGAAUUUUAUCCUGGACUGGAAGUUUGACCGGGUACAUAAAUGGAGUGAAGUGAAUACAGCUAUCAAAAUGACCCCAGGCGUGGUGGAUACAGGUCUGUUCAUCAACAUGGCUGAAAGAGUUUACUUUGGGAUGCAGGAUGGCUCAGUGAACAUGAGGGAGAAGCCUUUUUCUUGACCCAGCAAGGUGAAGAGUGUGUUCACCUUGAGUAUCCAGCCCACAGCCAAGGUGGAUGUGCCUCGCCAGGAGCCUUUGCCUUAAUGUAUCUGUGCCAGGGUGGACAGCUGGCAGGGUGGGGGUGGAGGGGAGUGGUUAAAUCUGAAGUAUUGUUAUUAUAAAUGUCUUUUUAAAAAGAGAAAUAUAAACAUAUAUAUUUUUACUAUUAAAAUAUUCAGUUUUUAAAAAAUAAAAUAGCACUUGAUAUCAUGUUUUAUAUGAAAUAUUUACCAAAAAAAAAAAAAGGUGGGGUUCUGUCUUGUCUUUAGAUAAAACCUUUGACUUGAGCUGGCUGUUUUAGCUUCUGCAUAUUGGGUUUGCUGAGAAAAAAAAAAAUCAGAACUUUUCUUUAAGCUGGUGAAAUGAAGGGCCCAGCCAGCAGUGAUCUCCUGAUGCCUUACUGGAAACUGUGGAAACUUUGUUUACUUUUCUGCCACUCAUUGUUUUGUUUUUAGUUAGUUUUCAUCAUAAUUACGCACAAUACUAGUUAGAUCUUAAGAUCAAGUUCACAAAAGUCUUUCGAAUGGAACAGUAUGGCAUGUAGUGAAUGUAAACUACCAGGGAGAAAAUGUGGUUGUGCUUUUCCUAAUAUCAGGGGUUUUGUUAAGGUCAGUAUGGUUGGAAGUAAUUGCCCAGAAAUACUUGCCAAUACUGCCAAAGCACUGCUGUGAAAUGUGAAAUACUUGUUUUUUAGAAAUGAUUUUCUUUUUGUUAAUAUUUUUUCUGUUCUUUUAUUGUAUUUGCAUGGUUUGGCAUCAGAAGUCAUACCUUUUUAUAUUGUUUGAAGGCUGAAAUAAAACAGUGUGGUGCCACUUUGA